CGUCCCUCCGCUCGUCUCCGUCACUUCGCCAUGGCGGGCCCUGGCCCGGGCGCGGCACUAGAGUCCCCGCGGCAGCUGCUGGGCCGCGUGCGCUUCCUGGCGGAGGCAGCACGGAGCCUCCGCGCCGGGAGGCCGCUGCCGGCGGCGCUGGCUUUCGUACCGCGGGAGGUACUCUACAAGCUUUACAAGGACCCGGCGGGACCGUCGCGCGUUCUCCUGCCGGUGUGGGAGGCGGAGGGCCUGGGGCUGCGUGUGGGAGCCGCGGGGCCGGCCUCCGGUACUGGCUCCGGGCCGCUCCGCACCGCCCGCGACAGCAUCGAGCUCCGGCGCGGCGCCUGCGUGCGCACCACCGGCGAGGAGCUAUGCAACGGCCACGGGCUCUGGGUGAAGCUGACAAAGGAGCAGCUGGCGGAGCACCUGGGCGACUGCGGGCUGGACGAAGGCUGGCUGCUUGUGUGCCGCCCGGCAGAGGGCGGGGCCCGCCUCGUACCCAUCGACACUCCGGACCACCUCCAGCGGCAGCAGCAGCUCUUCGGAGUGGACUACCGGCCGGUGCUCAGAUGGGAACAGGUGGUGGACCUCACAUACUCGCAUCGCCUUGGAUCGAGGCCUCAGCCGGCGGAGGCAUACACGGAAGCUGUUCAGAGGCUACUCUAUGUGCCUCCGACGUGGACCUACGAGUGCGACGAGGACCUGAUCCACUUCUUGUAUGACCACCUGGGCAAGGAGGAUGAGAACCUGGGUAGUGUGAAGCAGUAUGUGGAGAGCAUAGACGUUUCCUCCUACACGGAGGAGUUCAACGUGUCCUGCCUAACAGAUAGCAACGCAGAUACCUACUGGGAGAGUGAUGGCUCCCAGUGCCAGCACUGGGUACGGCUUACCAUGAAGAAGGGCACCAUUGUCAAGAAGCUGCUCCUCACAGUGGAUACCACAGAUGACAACUUUAUGCCUAAGCGGGUGGUGGUCUAUGGGGGCGAAGGGGACAACCUGAAGAAGCUGAGUGACGUGAGCAUUGACGAGACCUUGAUCGGGGAUGUCUGUGUCCUGGAGGACAUGACCGUCCACCUCCCAAUAAUUGAGAUCCGCAUCGUGGAGUGCCGAGAUGACGGGAUUGACGUUCGUCUUCGAGGGGUCAAGAUCAAGUCAUCCAGACAGCGGGAACUAGGGUUGAAUGCAGACCUGUUCCAGCCGACCAGUCUGGUGCGAUAUCCACGCCUGGAAGGCACUGACCCAGAAGUGCUGUACCGCAGAGCUGUCCUCCUGCAGAGGUUCAUCAAGAUCCUCGACAGUGUCCUGCACCACUUGGUACCAGCCUGGGACCACACUCUGGGCACCUUCAGUGAGAUUAAGCAAGUGAAGCAGUUCCUACUGCUGUCACGGCAGCGGCCUGGCCUUGUGGCUCAGUGCCUGCGCGACUCGGAGAGCAGCAAGCCAAGCUUCAUGCCACGCCUCUACAUCAACCGGCGCCUUGCCAUGGAACACCGUGCCUGCCCUUCUCGGGACCCUGCCUGCAAGAACGCAGUCUUUACCCAGGUUUAUGAAGGCCUCAAGCCCUCUGACAAGUAUGAAAAGCCCCUGGACUACAGGUGGCCCAUGCGCUAUGACCAGUGGUGGGAGUGCAAAUUCAUCGCAGAAGGCAUCAUUGAUCAAGGUGGCGGUUUCCGGGACAGUCUGGCAGACAUGUCAGAAGAGCUGUGCCCCAGCUCAGCCGACACCCCUGUGCCUCUGCCCUUCUUUGUGCGCACGGCCAAUCAGGGCAAUGGCACUGGUGAGGCCCGCGACAUGUAUGUGCCCAACCCCUCCUGCCGAGAUUUUGCCAAGUAUGAGUGGAUUGGACAGCUGAUGGGGGCUGCCCUGCGGGGUAAGGAGUUCCUGGUCCUGGCUCUGCCUGGUUUCGUGUGGAAGCAGCUCUCUGGGGAGGAGGUGAGCUGGAGCAAGGACUUCCCAGCCGUGGACUCUGUGCUGGUGAAGCUCCUGGAAGUGAUGGAAGGAAUGGACAAGGAGACAUUUGAGUUCAAAUUUGGGAAGGAGCUAACAUUCACCACUGUGCUGAGUGACCAGCAGGUGGUGGAGCUGGUCCCCGGGGGCACAGGCAUCGUGGUGGGCUAUGAAGACCGCUCUCGUUUCAUCCGACUGGUGCAGAAGGCACGCCUAGAGGAGAGCAAGGAGCAGGUGGCGGCCAUGCAGGCAGGUCUGCUAAAGGUGGUGCCACAGGCUGUGUUGGACUUGCUGACCUGGCAAGAGUUGGAGAAGAAAGUGUGCGGGGACCCCGAGGUCACUGUGGACGCUCUGCGCAAGCUCACUCGGUUUGAGGACUUCGAACCAUCUGAUACACGGGUGCAGUAUUUCUGGGAAGCUCUGAACAACUUCACCAAUGAGGACCGGAGCCGCUUCCUGCGCUUUGUCACGGGCCGCAGCCGCCUACCAGCACGGAUCUACAUCUACCCAGACAAACUGGGCUACGAGACCACAGAUGCACUGCCUGAGUCUUCCACCUGCUCCAGCACCCUCUUCCUGCCACACUAUGUCAGUGCCAAAGUGUGCGAGGAGAAGCUCCGCUACGCUGCCUACAACUGCGUGGCCAUCGACACCGACAUGAGCCCUUGGGAGGAGUGAGGCGGUGCCAUGGGAUGGCGUGGGCUGGCAGCAUUGUGCCUGCCCAGCCCCACUUGGCUUCACCCAGGGCGAACACCCCUGCCCUGCACCAGUGAGCAGCUGCCGCCUGAUGUGAGCAGGCGCCCUCAGAAACCCAGAACCUGGCGCCUUGCUCCUGUGUGUGGUUGGAGUUGACAUUGGCGGUGCAGCCCCGCAAACCCACAAGCCCUACUCGUGCUGGGACUUGCUUCCCAAGGUGUUUAGCCUCCACCAGAGGAAUCUUCCAAACAAGCCCAGCACAAGCUGCCAGGCCUGAGCUACUUGAAGGGGGCUGCCCAGCUCCCCACCUUGUGGACUUUGCUUCCAUUUUUGGCUCCACCUCUUUUCUCCUUUCUUCUGGCUUCAACUGUGACUCAAAACUGAAAACUCUGGAUGGUGAUGCCAGCAGCUCCUGAGCAGGGGCCAGGAUGGCUAGGGAGUGAUGGUCAUCCCCCGUAGUCGCCUGCUCACAAAUAAAACGGCUGAGCACCACCUCUGUCACAUACCGGUUUUUCUCCUGUUCCCUUAUAACCGAGGAGUGAGCUCUGCCCUUCCUCCAAACCGGUCUCAACUGACAAAGUGUCGCCACCCUCCUGGCUCAGAAGCUAUGUCCAUUCAACAUGAAACCCGUCACCACUACCCUACAGUCACUCCUGCAUCACCUGCAGCCUGACUUCCCGUCUGCUGUUUUUUGCACAGUUUAAGGCCAGUUAUAUCCUCUCUGAAGUUAACAGUUCCCCAAUAUCCAACUCAAAAAUAAAGCCUAUUCUGCACGUUCCUGCCCCAGCCCUGCGCUCGAGGGCCUCUGGGACAUGCCUUCAGAAGAAGGCCUUACACAUGGGAAAGUUGAAUAAAUGAAUGAAUUCAUUCCUUCAGAAUA